AUGAAUUUCACCACGGCGCUCCACGUCGCAGCUCUGCUCCUGAUGCAAGGGGAUUUUGCCGAAGCUGGCAGUGAAACUGUAACUCUGCAGGAAGGAGAGGACCUAGAUCUCAGCUGCACCCUCAGCGGUGACGACAGUUCUGUCAGGCAGUGGCUAAACCCUCGUGGGUUUGCCAUUUUUCUUGACGCCCAGCGGGUUUUAAGAGAUCAGAGGUACAAACUUAUCCAUUAUUCAAAGGAUGAAUUAUCCAUCCGACUGUCUAAUGUAACAGUGCACGACGAAGGCGUAUACAAAUGCUUCUACUACGGCACCCCGUUCAAAAUCAAGACGACGACUGUUGAGGUGCUGGCUGCUCCUUCUAAGCCUGUACUGGAAGCAUCCCAAGACACAGAAAGAGGCAUUACGCUGUCUUGCUCUACUGGAGGAUGUAAACCCCGGCCUCAGAUUACCUGGCUGUUGGAUAACGGGAUACAGCUUCCAGGUGACACUACGCACAAGUUAGAAGCCAAUGGGGAGAAAUGGACCACAACCAGCACGCUGACAGUCCUCGCCUACGGGCCCAAUUCAACAGCCAGCUGCCUCGUUCACCACAAAGCAUUAAGAGGAGAGAAGCUGGCUGUGCCUUUCCGCUUUGAGGACCUCCCUGGGACAGUGACAAACACAUAUCCUGCAUCAACUGCACAAGAGGUGCUUACACACGUCUCUGAGCAUGAGCAGUCUACAGUGACCGCAACAGAGUCAGAUCCGGACGACAGUACAGACUUCUCUCCAAGCUACCCACAACAUAAUGGGCCCGAAGCAACAUCAGCUGCAGCAGGAGAGGAAGAACUGUCCGGUACCCCGCGCCACCGUGUCCCAAACGGCACUGACACAGCAUUCAAUGGCACAGUCACAGAAGAGGAACUUCCCAGGACAGAAGCCUCACCCCCAAGUGAAAAUGUAACUCAGAUUUCCAUCAUCACCUUGGAGCAAGAUCUGAUAUCCGAAGGCAUCCAAAAGGAAAAGGAUCUCCUGCUGCCAAGCUUGGUGGCUGUUCUGAUUUUCAUGUUGCUCAUCAUUGUCGUGCUUUUUAUGAGGAAGCUGAAAAAAGCUCAUGGAGUGUGGAAGAGAGAAAAUGAUAAUUCAGAGCAGACGCUGGAGAGUUAUAAAUCCAAAUCUAAUGAAGAAAGUCCAGGCCAUGAGAGGAACGAACAAGUUGUCAAUCAGAAGUCCAACGUGCAAUACGUAACAGAAGGAUAUGCGGAAAAACCACAGAAGAAUCCAGGAGAGAAAAACAUCACAAUAGCUGAGAAACUGUUUACAUGUGGAAAGGAAACAGAUGUAUAGCAACGUGGUCCUUCUGGCAAACAUACAGAAACACCACUGUUUUCUGAUAUUUAUCUUAGAGCAUUUACAAAUCAGUACGAUGUCAGGGAGCAGAAGUACAAGCGACUACCCUCAAUCCCGGAGCCAGUUUGGACUCUUUUCCUCUACACAGUCGGACAGGUAGAUGGGACUGGCACUCCUACCAACCUAUUAGCAAUGAACACUGAUUUAGCGGUAGCUCUCAGAGGAUUUAACUGACCACUGCCAGAAUUAUGGGUCAUCAAUCCACCCUAAUUGCUAUUAGGGUCCUUGCAAGGGAGCACGCAGUUAGUCCCAAGGACCACAGGAUAUGGAGAUAUUCCUGCAACAUUUCUGCCACUCUGCAAGCACAGAACUGAAGAGGAAACCCUGGGAGAUGCAAACCAACAGGGACUUCUAUGAACUCAUUCUGACAGCCAGACCUGGCCACCCAGCUAUAUCUAACCAAGCAGGAAAGCAUCCUGAUGUCUAAGGUGUUAAACAAAACAGUUGUCCCCCUUGGAAGUCUUAAAACGAGGGGUUGGCAAAGGUGAAGAGGAAGGACAGUGUUACACCUGGGACACCCCAAACCCAGGGAGGAAGGCACUUGCCUGUGAGGGGGCAAGCUGUGAGAAUCACGACGACGUUUCAUCUGCAGAGCCCUGCGAUGCCACCACCAGGAAUCUUUUCUUUUG